UUUUUAUAGUGGCCACAUGAAUUGAGCGGCCUGGAAUAACCAAAUUACCCACCACACGUACCCGCCACAGCCAAGAAUUCUCUCUCUCUCUCUCUCUCUGUGUGAUUCUAUGCGUUUUGAACAUGAAUUCACAGCCUUCGAACCCUCAAUCCAAGGCCACGUCGACGCCUACUGAUAGCUCGGGGAAGAAGGUGAGGAAGCCCUACACCAUCACCAAGUCCAGAGAGAGCUGGUCCGAGGAAGAGCACGACAAGUUCCUCGAAGCGCUUCAACUGUUUGACCGUGACUGGAAAAAGAUUGAAGAUUUUGUGGCUUCAAAGACAGUGAUUCAGAUCCGGAGUCAUGCCCAAAAAUACUUCUUGAAGGUCCAAAAGAAUGGGACAACAGCACACGUGCCUCCUCCUCGCCCUAAGCGGAAGGCCACUCAUCCUUACCCACAAAAGGCAUCCAAAAAUGUUUUGGUGCCACUUCAAGCAUCCAUGGCUUAUCCUUCUUUGGUAAAUAACCUUGCUCCAGGAUAUUCUCUGUGGGAUGACCCUUCCACACUGAUAAAUGCUUCAUCAACCGAAAUUGUGCCAUCACAAGAUGAUUUAACUAGUUUUCAUGUAACGGAAGCUGAUAUUGGAUCAAAGGGGGUGGCAAGGAUUAGUAACAGUGGUGUUAGUGCCAUUAGAACGCUUCCGGGUUCUGAUAUUCCAAACCAAGGGGAAAAAGCUACUAUGCUUCAUGGUAUACCAGAUUUUGCUGAAGUGUACAGCUUCAUUGGGAGUGUUUUUGAUCCAGACACCGAUGACCAUGUGCAGAAGCUGAAGGAAAUGGAUCCCAUAAAUUUCGAAACUGUUUUGUUGUUGAUGAGAAACCUCACCGUUAACUUGUCUAGCCCUGAUUUUGAGCCAAUUAGGAAGGUCAUGUCGUCCUAUGACACCAAUAGCAAAACCGUAGGAGUAGCUGCUGGAUUUGUUGCCAAGAAGCAGACCAGCGAUCUAUCCUGUUGAACUGUAAGUUGGUGAUAUUUAGAUGGAAUUUCUCUUGAUUCUUUGCUUUGAAGCCUGCAAGUUCAAGAACAUAACUAUAUAGCUCUAGCCAGGCGGAAUGGAAGAAAACUUUCAACUAACCUUCAAUGGAAAAAGAUUGAUGCUAUUAUGUUGAUUUGUAGUUCAACUAAACCAGCGUGUAUAUCUUGUGAGUAGUCUCAUUUCAUAUAUAUAUGUAAGAAAAUGCCAUUUCUGAUAUGUAGGUUCGUCUCUAGAGCAGUGCAAUCACAAUAAUUUAUAUAUGUUUAAUGUUAUGUAACUUGUAAGGAGAUUACUGUUAGAUCCAUAAUGGCUGGAAAGACGCUUGGAAGGUUGAGUAUAUAUUUUUAGCUUUUAGCCGGCACGCUCAUCGAACUUCACAGACUAAAUUUUGAGAAAGAAAUUGUUAGCCUUCGAGACAGUCGCAGACUCGCAGGCUAGAGUGAAGAAACUGAAAAAGGUGGAGCAUGCACUUGGCUGGGGAUACGAAAUGACGAUGGUUAUUUUAUGUUUGUAAUUUUGUUCAAUUAAUUAUGGGUACUACAGUCAUUUCACAUCUCCCUUAAUUUUUUUUACCUUAUUAUGUCCGAUUAUAUAUGGUCAUUUUGGUACUUUCAUACCUCUAUA